UUAUCACGUACACAUACGAACAAUAAUUCCACUUUACGACAUUUCGUACUUAAGUUGACUUCAAGUGUAUAUGUGGCCAUGACAUUGUAAACUCUAAUUUUUAACGAUAAGUAUUUGAUGUGUUAUUAUAUGUUCUCAAGUGUAUUGAACGUUUACCUAUGUGAAAAGUGAACAAGUAUGUUGUAUGCUUGAAACUGGAUUUGCGAAUUUCUCUUUUGAUCCAUUUGGAUGUUUCGUUGAGAGUCAUGGAGUUCGAUGCACUAAUUAUACAUCCCAAUCAGUGACUACUUCAUACCCUAAUUCAACAAAAUACAGACGAGGUGAUGUUUGAAACAAAUCCAUAUAAAGAUGGAUUUAAGUGGAAACAUUCUGACGACACCCGGCAGAAGAUUGGAGUGGAGGUUUGGCCAGAAAAGCCUCCUAGUCAUAAUAUAUCUAACUCUGUUCUUACUACAAUGUAAUUGUCAAGAUACACAUACAAAUGAUGAUAUAAAAACCAAAUCAGAUAAAUUAGAUCUUAAAGUAGAAACUAAUCACUGCCAUAGUUGUCAAACUAGUAAUAAAUUCAAUGAUAAAAAUAAUAUAGAUGGUAGUGAAAGUUCCAAUAGCACUGAAUCUGUAAAUUAUGUAGAAGAUUUGAUUAUUACAUUAGGUACUUUAACGAAAAGGUAUCUACUUGUAAAUACAACUGAAAGUCAAUUGGAAGAUAAAGUAGAAAAUGUUUUAGAUGAUGUUUUAAGCAAAGAUCAAUACGAAAUAAUCGAAGGUAUAGAAAUUAAACCUCUUGAUGAUGUAAAAAAAGAUAAAUUGAAAUCGAAAAGUGAAGCGGACUCUGAGGCAAGAGCUCUUUUUAGUACAUAUACGUAUGAGUACAGAAUGUUUCAGAAAAUUAAAAAUUUCGUUGAAACUCACGUACUUUCCAUCAACCUACCGAAAGCAGCGAAGUUCAUGGGAUUUAGAUCAUUUGGACUUUCAAAAUUCUUCGUACCUUUACUAAUUGGAGGUCAAGUGCUGUUCAAGUCCAUUCUCCUGGCGAUGUUCCUGCCAAGCAUCCUGGGAAGUUUCGGCAAGAUGCUCGGAAAAGGAAUUUCCCAGCUCUCAGCGACAUCCAGCCAAGCCAGCUACCCUCCGGUCCAGGGAGACGACCAAACUGGUUAUAACUCGGACAAUAAGGACUUCAUGGGUUACGAAACGAACCCAGCCGGGAAUUACGCGUAUCCUCAAGAUGAUUUGUACGGGAACAUGGGAGACGGGAACGAUGGCAAUGACCUGCAAGUUGAUAUGUCAAGAUACGGCGAUCAGAAAGUAGCUUAUUUGCCGACGAAAAAUGGAUACUACCAAAAUCAAAUGGCAGCCAGUAAUAAUUAUAAGGUGUUCCAUAAAAUACCGGCUUCGUCCAUGAUACUAAGCAACUACGAUCCAUUCUACUCGCCACUGCUGUCGCGCCUCGAUGGAAUAUUUGCCAGACUUGGUCUGGCUCCAUCGGAGAACUCGAUAGAUGGCACCAUGAUCGGCGGGCAGAGCGUGAGCGACGUGAAGUUGGAGUCGUGUCGGGAACAGCUGAUCUGCCUCAUGUACGCCAGUCCGGCUAAAUACGCUCCUUAUAGCAACCUCGUGUCUGCGCAGUUAAGCAGAGAACUGAACGAGCUACGUCGGCCAGUUUCGGACAAUCCAGAAAUCCUGCGUUUCUUCCGCUACAUGCGCGCUGCGAGGCGCGGUCAGGAGGGGGUCGAUUGUAUGCGCGCUCACCCUGGCUGUUCAACCAGUACCACUCCCGAGCAUACCAUGAUAGCUGCUUAUCAUGAUAUUAACAAACUUGUCAGCGCCAGGAAGCUUAAGAACUGAUUGGGAGUCACUUCAAGGCAAUGUAAUGCAAAAAAUUGAACUGUUUCGGACAGUGACAGUGGUGAAUUGUGUUUUGACAUUUCAUGACAUUCAGUGCUAUAAAAUGUGCUAUCAAAAGACUUUUUAUUAUUGUAAUAGAAAGUUCAGACACGAAUACUGAUUAUAUAUUGUAGGAAGUAUAGUUGCAAAGUUUGUUAUUCCUACAAAAGAUAGAAGGAGAAAAGAGGAGAGAAAUAAUCAGUUUAAAAUUACUAUAUUAAAAUAUAAAUAUUUGACAAUUAAAAAUAUUUUGAAAUUUUACUAACUUAACAAAACCGUUGCUAUGGUGUAUAUGAAGAAGGUUGCCUACAUAAUGUAUAUAUUAUACUAGCUGUCCCGGCAAACGUUGUUUUGCCAUAUAAAUAAUUCUUAAGCUAUAUCUAGUUAAAAAAAAAAGUUAUGGGUUGACAACCCUUAUCACUAAGGGGUAUGAAAAAUAGAUGUUGGCCGAUUAUCAGACCUACUCAAUAUGCUCACAAUUUUUUUUUAAGAAUCGGUCAAGCCGUUUCUGAGGAUUACGGGAACAUACAUUGUGACACGAGAAUUUUAUACAUAUUAUAAUCACACUAUUUGAGUGUUUUUCAUUGUAACCAUUGGAAUAAAAUAAGAAAGUGCAUAAAUUCAGACAUUUAUUUUGUUUUUGUUUACGUAAGUGACAUACAGACAUUUAUUUAGUUUUUAUUGACAUAAGUCAGUUUAUAAAUUUAUUUGUCAUCGACAUAAAUUCUUCGUAAAUGACGAUAUUUACAAAUAAAAAAGAAUAUAUUAAAUCAAUAAUUUUGUUCAGUGUUCAUGUCUGGAAUUAUCUUCAUAAGACUAAUAAAAAAUCUUAUAUAAGGAAAGAUUUAGAAAAUAUAUUUAUAUUUUUUCUUAUCAGAAAGUAGUCAUUUCUUAGUGUAGUGUAUCGUCCUUAUUCAUUUUAUAAAUGUAAAUACAUUUUAUGAAUAUUAAAAAAUAAUAUUUAAAAAACCGAAUAAGAAAAAGAAUCCUUGAUAGUUACCCACUUAGGUUUUAAAUCCCCCACUAUUUCUUUACUAAUAAGUAAUCUGUCAUCCCCUCUACAAAGCAUUUAUUUAAUUUAUUAAACUGAAUGAAUGUAAUUUAUUGUAUGCGUGUGUAUAAUUGUUAAAUUAAAUUCUUAAUAUAAUUUAUGUUAUUAAUGCUUAAUUUAUUUUUCUAAUUUUAAAUUUACCGAAUUAAGUUAUUUAUUCAAAAAUGCUAUUUAUUUAUUACAGUAAAGAUUACUCUUGCAGUUUAAGGUUUACGGGCAAAGUCUUCUUUCUCUGGGUUUUAUUGUUAAAAUAACUGCAAGUUUAAUCAGUAAAUUAUAUUUUUAACAUUU